CAAUUCAGCUUCAGUGUGUGUACACACGGCAGUGCAGAUUUCCUGCCCGCUCAACUGUACUGUCCUUUACUGUGUAUUGUAGUGUGACCUCAAGGGCAGAUAAUGUGCGAGUGUUAGUAGGUAGGGUCUUGCUUCUGUGUUUAUAGUAUAGAAAUGGAAGAAGAUCAAGCGCCAAACAAGGAUUCCUCUCAAGCUACAGAUGUGAAGAAGGUUCAUCAGAAGUCUGAAACCAAGCGUUACAGUGAGAUCUUCAGAGACUUUGAUAAUCUUGAUUUAUCUUUAGUCUCUUGUGCAGGGGAGGAUCUGCUGGCAGACAGUGACUCACUGUCCAUCUCAGAAUCCAUCUCUUCAGAAAGCACAGAACCCACAGAGCAGCAUGAUGUGUCUAGACGCGCUGAGGCCAAUGAAGUGGAUGGAAACCAAUCAGCCCAGGACGCAGACCUGGCCCUCUGUCGCUGUGAGGAUGGAGUGGAGACAGCGCUGCAGUACGCCAAGAUGUGGUGCCGCUACGCGAAAGACCUCUUGGCCUGGAUGGAGAAGAGAAUCAGCUUGGAACAAGAAUUUGCUAAAAAUGUAAUGAAGACAGCCGAAGGAGCAAAAGCCAGUGUGGCUCAGCAGGAAAUGAUGCCCCUGCAGUACAUCUACACAAUGGCGCUAGAGCAAGACAUUAAGAACAGUGUGACCUCUAAAAAGACUUCAGAGCUGUUACAAAGUCGCUGUUACCAAGCCUUAGCUGCCAAGAGGAAUGAGAUUGACAAGUGGCGCAGAGAGUUUAAGGAGCAGUGGGCAAGAGAACAAAGGAGGAUGAAUGAAUCAGUGACAUCUUUUAAAAAGGCUCGUCAGCAAUACUUCCAACGCUGUGAUGAGCUAGAGAAGGCUAAAGCUGUCUCUGCUAAAGCUGUGGACGACACAGCUGGAGCCAAAACAUUGGAUAAGAGGCGAAAGUCUAAGGAUGAAGCCCAGAGUAAGGUGAUGGAGGCAGAGCUUCUGUACAGACAGUGUGUGACUGACGCCAAGAUCCACCAGGAGGAGUUAGUGAAGGUCAAGGAGAGAAUUAUUUCCCACAUUCGCAAGCUCAUCUGUCAGGGAGACACUGUGCUCAAAGAGGCCACAGUCAACAUGUUUUACUUCCAGCGGCAGCAGACAGAGCCUGUUCCCCUUGGUUAUCACAACCUGGAGUUGACAUGCAGGUCCCUGGAGCCUGGUGAGCCCUACCUGCUCUACAUCCUCAGCAAGCCUCGCCCCGAACAGCUUCUCCAAGUCUUUACCUUCCAGGAGUAUUUUCCUCAGGGCAAAGGGAAACGAAAAUCCAGCAAUCCUCUCAGUUCUGUGCAUGACUCUUUACCUAUGACAGAUGACAGCCCUUACAGACGACCCAGUGACAGCAGGAAAAUAGGGAACAGUGACAGUGAGAGUAUUGGAGGCAGUUUGGAAUCUCUGUCCAGCCCUGCUCACACUAACAGGAGGCUACCUAAAACCGCAUCCACUUUGACAGUGUCAUCAGACGACCUGGACGAACGGGAUAUGGCCUCAGAAUCAGAGUACAUUGAUGGUACGCCAGUCAAACUGCGCACAUUUUCAAGGGCUGCACUGACACACCGACUCAAGAAGAUGAAGAGCAAGAUGGUCAAAUGCAAGCACUGUGACAACUAUAUUGUUGUUAGUGGGGUCGAAUGUGAGGAGUGCGGGCUGGCUUUGCACAGGAAGUGUAUGGAGGUGUGUCAGUUAGAGUGUGAGCACAGGAAGGGGACUGUGUUUGGAGUGGACCUCUCUCUGCUGUCACGUGACGGACCAGAUGAGGUGCCCUUUGUGGUGCUGCGCUGCACGUCUGAGAUUGAGAGUCGUGCUCUUUCGAUCCAGGGGGUGUAUCGUGUGAGCGGGUCCAAGCCUCGCAUCCUGAAGCUCUGUCAGGCCUUUGAGAUGGAAAAGGAGCAAGUGGACCUCUCUGACCUCUCACCACAUGACAUCACCUCAAUCCUUAAACACUUCUUCAAAGAGCUCCCAGAGCCCUUACUUACCUUUGAACUGUACAAUGAUUUCAUCGCAAUGGGAAAGACCAUUCAGCACUUGAAUGAAAGGGAGCAGAAACCAGACACUAACGAGAUAAUGGACAUCAUUCAUAACCUGCAAAAGCUACUACAGAAACUCCCUUCAUAUAGCUACAGCACCUUGCAGCACCUGAUGUCUCACCUGCAAAAAGUUUCAGAGAACUACGAGAACAAGAUGUCCCCUAGCAAUCUGGGAAUUGUGUUUGGGCCAACACUACUGCGCCCUCUUGUGUCUACUGACAUGUCAAUGAUUGCCCUGCUGGAGACUAGUUACCAGGCCGCACUUGUUGAGUUCCUCAUCACACACCAUGACCAUGUUUUUGGCCUUCAGCAGAGACCCUGUACGCCCCCUCCCCCUGUGCCCACUGCACCUCUUCCAGACACCCCUCCCAGAGCUUCCUGUCCCCUGGAUGGGGAAGUUUACGCUGGCUCGGAACAUGAAACCUCCAAACACUCACUUGAAAGUCGAACAAUCAAGAGAGAGUCGAGCGAGGGUUAUAUAUCUGACAAGUCUUCAUCCAAUGAAGCAGUGGACCAGCUCAGCCCUGAAGCCAAUGAGAGAGCAGUCAUGGCUUUGAGAGGGGCAUCAUGUGACCCUCAGGGUGAGCUGGUGGGGGCGCCAGGCUCUGAUUUGGGGACCCAGCCACACUAUCGCUUCACUAGACAGCCUGUAAAGUAUUACCGGCAUCAUAAUCAAGGACCCCGACUCUCCAACCCAGGUCGUGCAGCCAGACGGUCUGUGGCUCCAGCCAGGGGCAUUCCAGGGAGUGCAGACAGCAGCCGCAGCUCCUCUCCAGAGCCAGGGACACACAGACUUUCCCAAAACUUAGAUGUUCACUGUGAGAACACCCGCCAUCCCUGUCAGCCCCACCAAGCCACCGUUGCCACAGAAAGUAAAGUGGUUGCCCCACUGAGCCCCCGCGACGUUGUGCAGUACAUGCUGGGACUGGACUCAACAUUUACAUCAGUUGAAACUGCGACAUCAUCCUGUGCAACGCAGGAGUCUUCCCAGGAGGUGGGAGCUGCGUGUCAAGCUAAUCUGAAAAUAAAUGUGUCCAUUAACAGUCAGAGUGCUGGACAGAGUCGGGCUCUGUGUCAGUCACCAAAGAAACUUCCUGUUGAGCACAACCUGACUUCACCUGCACAGAAGAUCCUGUCUGGUCUAAAGCUCAGGCGCAGCCACUCAGGGAAGGACGAGCAGCUCUUUGUCUGAGGAAAGAUAGAAAUCUCCAGACCAUUCACUGGAAUACAUUAAUAAAUACACACCGGAGGGUGUAACACCAAUAAUACCACCUUUAUUGUGUGUCCGGACUGCUAUUAAUGUCAAGAUCCAUGCAGUGUUCCUAAAUAAACUUUCACACACAAAUAUCUCAUCUGUAACAAAUAAUGCAACUGUCUUCAAAAAAUGACACAGAUAAAGGUUAAGUUACCUAAAAAACUGAAAUGUUUCAAACUGAAAUCUGAGUGUUUCUUCAAGGCAGUGGUUCUCAAUUUUUUUCUUUCACAUCCCCCUUCAGAUCCCAAAAAAAAGCAUUAGAGCCCUUUUGUUUGUUUAUGUGACCAAAUAAAUCACAUUCAUGCAAGUUUAGGUGCGUUCAACAUCCUCCAACCCCCCUGAAGUGGCUCUACGCCUGCCCAGUUUGAGAACCACUGCUUUAAGGAAUGAUGCUUAAUUGGAUGCAACAGCCUUAUUACUGCUGAUCCUCUUUAAGAUUUUUUUAAGAUUAACCAUCCAGCUGCCUAAUACCCAAAGCAGACAAGAAUAGUUCAAGUACAUAUCAGUAUUUUUUUUUUAGGUUUUAUCCUGAACAAACUAUAAUAAAAAUCAAAAUACAAAUGCAAGUGUUGUAUUUCUAAGGUGAUUUUGUCAUCUAUUUGUUGUGCUUUUUUAAUGUUUUAAAGACUCCAGAUGGAUUUUUUUUGUAGUAGGCAUGCCUAAACAAAGAUAUGCCUUCACUGGUGUAGUAAUGAACAUGCCAUUAUAACACUGACAUUUAUUUUUGUUUAAUGCACCGUUCCUGUGUUGACACAAGGGGGCAAUCUUUUCCCAGUGUGUGAGGAAAGCAUGCCAGACACAAUAGUAAAAGGGCAAUAAACCAACAACUUCUUUCUAA